GUCGCUGUGGCUACGGAGGCGGCAGACGGAGGGAGGCUGGGGUGGCACGGGGCGGCCUUCUUCGCAUGAGGGGCCCAGCGGUGGGGGUGGGGGUGGGAGCUGGGCUUGCCCAUCUCGGGGAACCCCUCUGGGCUCACUCUGGGCCUUGGGUCACCGGAAAUCGCCACUGGAAGGCCGGCAGGGCCACCGGAAUUGACUGAAACGUCCCUCUCCCCCAGGGGUGGUUGCAGACCUGGGGCUCCUGGAAAAAUCCCUCAAACUUUGGGUGUCUCUGAGACGGGCAGGGAGUGAAACGUUUCCGAGCAGGAGCCCUGGGCUGUCCCAGGUCGGAGACCUCUUUGGCAGGGCGUGGCCUUGCUAGCUGUUCUGGCGGAAGGUCCCCAGGGAAAGGUCCCCAGGGAAAGCGAUCGGGGUUGUCCAGCCCGGGAGUUCUUUUCUCACCGUUCCCGGGCGAGCAUCCAAUCUGUCCGUUUAUAAGCCCCUACUCUGCACCCCAGGAACAUGCAGGGUCUCUGUGGAGCCCGUCUAGACGGUCUCAGUUCCCAGCUGCGCAAAACAGAGGCCCAAAGGCCCAGAGAGAGGUCCUCGUGCCUGCUUUGCGUUGGACAUGGAGGGACCCUGCCCGAGUUGGGGGCACUGUGGGGGAACUGUGGGGCUAGGGUGGGGACCGCUGAGUUCGGAUCGGGGUGUCCCCAGGGAGAACGGCUGAUGGAAGGCUUGUUGGCUGAGGCCACCAAAUAGGGCCCCAGGUACCCGAGGGUGGAGUUUGGCCCCAGGUCCCGGGUCAGGGCUGGCCUGGUGUGGCCAUGUGUGGCAGAGCUGCCUUGCUCCCUCCUCCAGCACAAAGUGGGCCACUAGACUUUGGCCUCAUUCUUGCUGCUGGAAAACCGCCUGCUCUCUGGUCAUGUCUUCAGGGAGGGUCCAACCGUGACUGCCAGAUCGACCAGCACCACCGGAACCAGUGCCAGUACUGCCGUCUCAAGAAGUGCUUCCGGGUGGGCAUGAGGAAGGAGGCGGUGCAGCGCGGCCGCAUCCCGCACUCGCUGCCUGGUGCCGUGGCCGCCGCCUCGGGCAGCCCCCCGGGCUCGGCGCUGGCGGCAGUGGCGAGCGGCGGAGACCUCUUCCCGGGGCAGCCGGUGUCCGAACUGAUCGCGCAAUUGCUGCGCGCUGAGCCCUACCCCGCGGCGGCCGGACGCUUCGGCGCAGGGGGCGGCGCAGCGGGCGCGGUGCUGGGCAUCGACAACGUGUGCGAGCUGGCGGCGCGGCUGCUCUUCAGCACCGUGGAGUGGGCGCGCCACGCGCCCUUCUUCCCCGAGCUGCCGGUGGCCGACCAGGUGGCGCUGCUGCGCCUGAGCUGGAGCGAGCUCUUCGUGCUGAACGCGGCGCAGGCGGCGCUGCCCCUGCAUACGGCGCCGCUACUGGCCGCCGCCGGCCUCCACGCCGCGCCUAUGGCCGCCGAGCGCGCGGUGGCCUUCAUGGACCAGGUGCGCGCCUUCCAGGAGCAGGUGGACAAGCUGGGCCGCCUACAGGUCGACUCGGCCGAGUAUGGCUGCCUCAAGGCCAUCGCGCUCUUCACGCCCGACGCCUGUGGCCUCUCAGACCCGGCCCACGUUGAGAGCCUGCAGGAGAAGGCGCAGGUGGCCCUCACCGAGUAUGUGCGGGCGCAGUACCCGUCCCAGCCCCAGCGCUUCGGGCGCCUGCUGCUGCGGCUCCCCGCCCUGCGCGCGGUCCCUGCCUCCCUCAUCUCCCAGCUGUUCUUCAUGCGCCUGGUGGGGAAGACACCCAUUGAGACACUGAUCAGAGACAUGCUGCUGUCGGGGAGUACCUUCAACUGGCCCUACGGCUCGGGCCAGUGACCAUGAUGGGGCCACGUGUGCUGUGGCCAGGCCUGCAGACAGACCUCAAGGGACAGGGAAUGCUGAGGCCUCGAGGGGCCUCCCGGGGCCCAGGACUCUGGCUUCUCUCCUCAGACUUCUAUUUUUUAAAGACUGUGAAAUGUUUGUCUUUUGUGUUUUUUAAAUGAUCAUGAAACCAAAAAGAGACUGAUCAUCCAGGCCUCAGCCUCAUCCUCCCCAGGACCCCUGUCCAGGAUGGAGGGUCCAAUCCUAGGACAGCCUUGUUCCUCAACACCCCAAGCAUGAACUUGUGGGAUGGUGGGGUUGGCUUCCCUGGCAUGAUGGACAAAGGCCUGGCGUCGGCCAGAGGGGCUGCUCCAGUGGGCAGGGGUAGCUAGCGUGUGCCAGGCAGAUCCUCUGGACACGUAACCUAUGUCAGACACUACAUGAUGACUCAAGGCCAAUAAUAAAGACAUUUCCUACCUGCA